AUGGAAAAGGAACUGGGGAACCAAACCAACUUUGAUGGAUUCAUCCUCCUGGGUCUCUCCACCUCGCCUGAGUUCCAGGGCCUUCUCUUCCCCCUCUUCCUCUCUAUGUACCUAGUUAGUCUGCUGGGAAACCUCCUGAUCAUCCUGGUGAUCUGCUCCAAUGAUGCCCUCUUCCAUACUCCCAUGUACUUUUUCCUCAGCCACCUGUCCGUGGCCGACAUUGGAUUCAGCUCCAACGCUGUGCCCAAGAUGCUGCAGAUCUUGGCGUCCAAGACGAACACCAUAUCCUAUAGUGGGUGCUUGACCCAACUGUAUUUCUUUGUCCUCUUUUGCACCACAGAUAACUUCCUCCUGGCCUCUAUGGCCUACGAUCGCUAUGUGGCCAUCUGCCGCCCGCUACAUUAUAGUACAGUAAUGAGCUACAAGCGCUGUCUGUUAUUGGUUGCUGGAUCUUGGCUCCUGUCUAACGCCCAGGGCUUGCUGUAUGUAUUCUCAAUGUCUAGUUUUUCCUUCUGUGCUUCCCGGGAGAUCCCCCAUUUCUUCUGCGAUGUCCACCCUUUAAUCAAACUCUCGUGCUCAGACACCUCCUCUGUUGAAAUGAUGCUGAUGUUUGAAGGCACGGCCACCAUGCUUGGACCCCUCAUGCUCAUCCUCCUCUCCUACAUCUUCAUUGUACUUAAAGUGCUGAAGGUCCCAUCAGCUUCUGGGAAGUACAAGGCCUUCUCCACUUGCAGUUCCCACCUCACCACGGUAGCCUUAUUCUAUGGCACUCUGAUAGGAACCUACAUCCGCCCAUCGUCCACAUAUUCGGGCUCUAAAUUGAGUGUGGCGUCCAUUUUCUACACCGUUGUCACGCCUAUGCUCAAUCCCUUUAUAUAUAGCCUGAGGAACAGUGAGAUGCAGGGGGCCAUGAGGAGAAUUUUGAUUGAAAAGAUUCAAUUUUAG